GAAGCAACAUGGAUACUGGGAUGGAUAAAAUUCAUAAUGAAACCAACGGCGUUUUGGCUGCAUCUGCACCUGCUAUGCCCCAGAAGCUCAUUAUCGAUACUGACCCUGGGAUUGAUGAUAGCAUGGCAAUCAUGAUGGCAUUUCAAUCUCCAGAGUUGGAGAUCUUGGGCUUGACAACAAUAUUUGUUAAUGUUACAACAAAAGAUGACACACGUAAUGCUUUGCUUCUGGGAGGAAAGGGUCGUGUUGCUGACUUUGUUCAUGGUUCUGAUGGACUGGGAAACAUUUUUCUACCUUCUCCAAAAGCUCAGAAAUUUGAGAAGACUGCUUCUGAAUUUUUAGUUGACAAGGCCUCUGAAUACCCCGGUGAAGUAUCCAUACUUGCGCUAGGACCACUGACUAACUUGGCUCUGGCAAUCAAAAGGGACUCCUCCUUUGCAAACAAGGUGAAAAAAAUAGUUGUACUUGGAGGUGCAUUUUUUGCACUGAGAAAUGUAAAUCCUGCUGCUGAAGGAAAUAUUUAUGGAGACGCAGAAGCGGCAGAUGUAGUCUUUACAUCUGGAGCAAACAUUGUUGUCGUUGGAAUAAAUAUCACAACCCAAGUUAAAUUUACAGAUGAUGACCUUCUUGAAUUGAGGCUCAAAGGGAAAUAUGCUCAAAUAAUAUGUGACAUGUGCAAAUUCUAUAGAGAUUGGCAUGUGAAGUCUGAUGGUGUAUAUGGGAUUUUUCUUCAUGACCCUGUGAGUUUUGUAGCGCUAGUUUGCCGUGAUCUCUUCACAUACAAGAAGGGGGUUGUGAGAGUCGAGACACAGGGCAGUGUGGGAUAUACACUGAUGGGCCAAGGACUUAAAAUGUAUAUCCAAACCUAGGAUGCUCUUUAAUGUAUUCUAAUUGGUUUUGCUUUUGCUUUCUCCAAUCAUUAUGCUGUAAUUUGAUGCAUAUGGAGUACAAGCACCCGUGGACAGGAUAUGCCCCUAUAGAAGUUGCUUGGGCAGUUGAUGUGGAAGAAGUGCUCAAUUACAUCAGAAAAUUUUUGAUGAAACCGUGAGAAUUAUUCUCCAUCCUGGCUUUUUGAAGAUGCCAGACGCCAAAGUAGGAAUGUUGAAGCCCCAUAUGAUCUUUGCCUUCACUUUCUGGUUUGGGCACAAGGGGCCAACAAUUGUUCUAACAAUCAUUUCAAACUCCGAAGCAUGCGUGCAAAAACGUUCUCUUGAUUGAUUUUCAACUAGAUGAAUUCAACAUAGCGAGUUCUGUUGUUUAACCUGUGUACCAGCACUUGGGCUAAAACUAUGGGCAACAAACCACGGUGUUGCAAUGUGGAAGCGUCUCUUAUGUCAACAAUUAAGCACUUAAGCACGAAGAUCAAGCAACUGCCUUGUAGUACAUGAUGUUAAGGGUUUAACAACUUUGAGGCAUUUGGUUAUUUAACCAUUUUUAGUUAGUUUGCUAUCUUUUCAACUAUCUCUCCAAUUCAUAAUUCAUAAAGCAGAGCCUUAUUAGGUCUUCA